GGGGGUGCUCUUGAGUGAUCGUGCCAGACAAUGGACAAAGGGGACUGGGGUUUCCAGAGCCAAGUGCCUUCUGAGCCCAGCUGGUGGGCCGGGCUAUAAAGCCUGGCCUCCUGGGGCUCCGACCGAUCCCGAGGGCAGACAUGGCGGCCAAGUGCAUCCUCCUGGGCCGCGUCCUGGUGCUGCUCUGGGUGUCCGUGGCUUGGGCCGAGGUCCUGGUGCAGCCCGAUUUUGAUGCCAAGAAGUUCUCAGGCCGCUGGUACGUGGUGUCCAUGGUCUCCGACUGCAAGGUCUUCCUGGGCAAGAAGGGCCAUCUGCUGAUGUCCUCCAGGGUCGUCAAGGCCACGGCAGGCGGCAACCUCAGCGUCCACAUGGAGUUCCCCCAGGCUGACGGCUGCAACCAGGCGGACGCCGAGUACCUGAGGGUGGGCUCCCAGGGCCACUUCAGAGUCCCAGCCCUGGGCUACCUCGAUGUGCGGGUCGUGGACACCGACUACAGCUCCUUCGCCGUGGUCUACAUCUACAAGGAGCUGGAGGGGGCGCUCAGCACCAUGGUGCAGCUGUACAGCCGGACCCAGGAAGCAAGUCCCCAAGCUGUGAAGGCCUUCCGGGACUUCUACCCCACGGUGGGGCUCCCUGACGACAUGGUGGUCAUGCUGCCCAAGUCAGACACAUGCUCCUCUGGGGACAAAGAGGCUCCCUGACUCCUUGGGAGACCCACCGUGGCCCUUCCCAGGGUGAGCUGGGGCAGCCGGCCUUGUCGUCCUGAGCUGUCUGGACCCACCCCCCCAGGCCCCCCUGCCUUUGGGUGGCUGCCUCCUCGCCAUCUCUGGGCCUCCCUCUUCUGCUCAAUAAACGUAUUCUGCAGUCUA